AUGGCUGGAACUAAAAAUAAGGUUCUAAAAACCGGAAAUCAAAACAGCAAGGCUGAUAUAGGAGGAAGACCACCAAAGAACAAAGGCCAACAAGAAAUGAAAGAAAAAGUUCGUCUAGCCACUUUAAAGUUCGACAAUCAUCGCAAGUUUGUUGAAGAAAAGAAAAAGAAGCUGGAAUGGCUUACCCAUUCUUACGAUAAUGAUGCCGACCCUCAGUACAAGGAGGAGAAUGAGAGACUAAAGAAGGAGGUUGAGGGGUUAGUAGGUAACUUGAUGAAGUAUGACAUGGAAUUUAACAGAGUGGCAAGAGAGGAGCAGGGUGAGGAGCAAGACGAGGAAAUUGAUACGGUUACAGAGGAAGGCAAGGCUGAUAAGGAUUAGAAUUUCUUUCCUACAUCAGCUUCUUCGUCCGAGUUACCGCACAUCGACUUGACCGGUCCGGAUAGCAGCUUUGGACAACUAAACACUGAAGAUGAUGCCGACUGCCAAGCUCUAUUUACGCCAGAACAAGCAAGAGAAGCAACAGGGCAAGGCUACGGAGGAAAGAUUGUGGCAUGGAAAAAACAAAUCCAGUCGAAGCCAGUUAUUAUCAUGUAUGGCCCAAGAAGCGCGGCAAAGUUCGAAUGUUCUACGGCUGAUAUAGAAGAGAUUGAUGUCACAACGCCAAAGUUUGGGCCGGAGAAUCGACUGGGCGACGAGAAGGUUGGUAGGAAACUGAUACGCCGAAAACGAGAAUUCAAGGCGAUCCAGGGUUUAGCUUAUAGCUGCGUCGUAGACGACCUGAAGCCAAAGGAGAAGGGAGAAAAGGGGAAACGACCCCCGCCCUUGCAGAUUUGGGUCAGAUGGGAGAUUUCUGGGAAGAUUGCUGAUGUAUGGGAGAUCCGGUCGUCGAUAAGGCACCUUUGGAAUAGCCCAAAUGCUUGUGAUGAAUACAUUUAUCUUGCUGCAAAGUAUCAUGCGGCUCGGCACCAGGAAUGGCUAGACAGUCGGCGCCAACGUCAAGGAAAAUACAUAUCACGAACCCUAGCACCGGGUUUAGGUGGUUUAGGGAAUCACACCACUAACCCGUCACCUCAUGAUGCUAUGCUAAAAUAUCGGGAGCAGUGGUGUGCCCUUGAAGGCAUCGAUUCACAAAAAAUGGAUGCGGCGGCAAAGGCAAAUUUCCUUCUAACAUGGAAUUUAAUCGAGUUCCGAUUAUAA